CCCAUAUCUCAGUUAGCUACGGUAGAAGGUGAAAAAAGUGCGCUCUUAGUAAAGUUCACCAUCAGCAAACCGUUAUCAGGUGAAGGGUCUCGCGUUAAUUGUUGCUGUUUAUCUCUCCGAGCCAUCGAAAUCUCGCCAAUCUUUAGCUAAAACUCAAAAACAUUUACUGGGUCAACAGGAAGUUUUUAAAGGCUUUAUUCAUCACAUGUUGAGCGUGACUUUAUGGUUAUUGUGGCUUCAACCCUCAGCAGAUUAGUCCAGUUUGAUAAUUUCUAGGAGGCAACUCCCCCACCUAGUGUGAUCGGUGCCGUAUGACGCGCUAGUAUUUAGUAAGUCUCAUUUUAUGUAAAGGGCAAUACUUCUUUAACUAAAAAUUUAAAUCCGCUUAUACAUAAAGAGCAAUGCGACGCAAAUGAAACUCGGGAAGUAAACAAACCUAUCUUCACAUUGGAAUUUGGCUGAAUUUUGAUAAGGGAAUGAAUACAACUUCAGAGGAGCAGUUUCUUCAUGAUGCAAGGAAUGGCAACAUUGAUGGAAUUAAAAACCUUUUGGAAUCCAGGAAACAUGGAGAAAGUAACUUUGACAUAAACUGUAAAGGCAGAAGCAAAUCUAAUCUAGGAUGGACUCCUCUGCACCUUGCUUGCUACUUUGGACACAAGGAUGUUGCAGAGGAGUUGCUGAAGGCUGGAGCAGAAGUAAAUGUGUUAAAUGACAUGGGAGAUACACCACUUCAUCGUGCUGCAUACACUGGAAGAAAGGAGCUUGUGAUGUUGCUGCUUCAGUACAAUGCCUGUGCAUGUGUUAUUAAUGGAACUGCUCAAACACCCAAAGAAGUGACAAGAGACAAAGACAUAUGCAGCAUGUUAGAAGCUGCAGAAAUAACAGAAGAGAGGAAGCUUGAAGAGUUCCUUUUAGCAGCUGCCAGGGAGGGAGGAACAGCCAGUGUCACAGAACUGUUAAAUAGAACAAAACCUCCAAAUAUUAACUGUACAGAUCUCCAAGGCAACACACCUUUGCACUGUGCUGCAUAUCGUGGAAACAGACAGUGUGCUCUAAAGCUUCUGAAAAGUGGAGCUGACAUAACCAUCAAAAAUAAGAAGAAUCAGACCCCACUUGAUCUUGCUCUGGGCACAGAUAUGAGACAGAUUUUAAUGAACAAUUCUCUCAAGGUUGUGAACCGCAAUUUGAAGAAAUUUGAAGGGUACCUCUGGAAGACAUCCCGCUUUUUUGGAUGGAAGCUAUUUUGGGUGGUUGUUCAAGAUGGAGUUUUGUCAUGGUAUCCAAAACAGUCUGAUGCUAGCAGUUGUAUUAACCGACAAGGAUGUAAACACCUGACUCAAGCUGUUUGCACGGUGAAGGCCAGAGACCGCUGCCUCUUUUCUGUCAAAUGUUUUGAUGACAGCAUUCAUGUUUUCAAAGUGCAUGCUAAGAAUGAACCAGAUAUAAUGAGAAAAAAAUGGAUUGAUGCAAUUGAAGAACAUUCUGCCUUUAGCACUCAUUAUUGUACUCAGGAUCAGUUGUCUGAUGACGACGACGAUGAUAAUCCAGUGUCUUCUGCAGAUUUAAGAGACUCCUUGCAGGAAGCCCAAGCAUGCCAUUGCAAGUUAGAGAUGGAAGUGACUGCCUUUCUUAAUAUGGCAAAGGACCAUGAGGUUACAAAAGGUUUGCCAGUCACAGUACUAUUAAAGCUGAAAAAUCUUGCUGACCUUUCAACAGAGACUUGUGCAGCACUUAACAAAUGCCUUAUGCUUUUCACCAGACAGGAAGGGGUGCAGAGUGUAAAAUUAGAGCAGGAACAAGAGAAAAAUAAGAUCCUGUCUGAAGCUUUACAGACUCUUGCCACUGAGCAUCAUGAACUUGAACAGUCCAUAGUCAAAGGGUCCCCUCCGAAAAGUGUCCUAAGUGAAGAUGAAUUCUAUGAUGCGCUUUCUGACUCUGAUUCUGAGCACUCCUUAAGUGGAUUUGAGACCGUAACCAGUCAUUCCUUUGAAGAAGAGACCAUAAGCUGCAGCGGAGGUCAUAUUAACCAGAUUACAAUGUCUGAGGAAAAUGACCAUGGCAGGGAAGAGCCACAGUCCAAUGGCAUUAAAAAGUAUAGGACGAGUCUUCCAGCACCCAUGUUUUCCAGAAAUGAUUUCAGUAUCUGGAGCAUCUUGAGAAAGUGUAUAGGAAUGGAGCUCUCCAAGAUCACAAUGCCUGUAAUCUUCAAUGAACCACUCAGCUUUCUGCAGCGUCUCACAGAAUAUAUGGAGCACACAUACCUCAUACAUAAAGCAAAUACUUCUUCAAACUCCAUUGAGAGAAUGCAGUGUGUUGCAGCAUUUGCAGUGUCUGCUGUUGCCUCGCAAUGGGAAAGAACGGGUAAACCUUUCAACCCUCUUCUGGGGGAAACCUAUGAGCUUGUAAGGGAAGAUUUAGGAUUCAGAUUAAUAUCGGAACAGGUCAGUCACCAUCCUCCAGUCAGUGCUUUUCAUGCAGAAGGACUGAAGAAUGACUUUGUCUUCCAUGGGUCAAUUUAUCCGAAACUUAAAUUUUGGGGGAAAAGUGUAGAAGCGGAGCCCAAAGGAAUAAUAACACUAGAGCUUCUAAAACACAAUGAAUCAUAUACCUGGACAAACCCCACUUGCUGUGUUCAUAAUAUCAUUGUUGGCAAAUUGUGGAUAGAACAGUAUGGAAAUGUAGAAAUCACCAACCACAAAACAGGGGAAAGGUGCUGUCUGAGCUUUAAACCCUGUGGUCUUUUUGGAAAAGAAUUACACAAAGUUGAAGGUUAUAUUCUUGACAAAAAUAAAAAGAAGCUUUGUGCACUUUAUGGAAAGUGGACAGAGUGCUUAUACACAGUGGACUCAGGAGUCUUUGAUGAACAUAAGAAGAACGACAAGAGAAAUGCAGAUGAGAAGAAGAUUAACAAAGCAACAACAAGCUCUGAAGAACCUGAUGAAAUGCCAAUGCCAGAUGCUGAAACUGUUCAAGUAAUUCCAGGGAGUCGACUUCUGUGGAGGAUUGCACCUAGACCACCAAAUUCCUCCCAGAUGUACAACUUCACUAGCUUUGCAAUGAAUUUGAAUGAACUGGAUAAAGAAAUGGAGGGUGUCAUCCCUAAAACUGAUUGUCGGUUAAGACCAGAUAUAAGAGCAAUGGAAAAUGGAAACAUAGAUUUAGCAAGUGAAGAAAAAAAAAGAUUAGAAGAGAAGCAGAGAGCAGCCCGGAAAAACCGUUCCAAAUCUGAUGAAGAAUGGAAAACUAGAAACCCUGCUCUGGGCCCCAGGUGGUUUCAGAUGGGUGUAAACCCACAUAAUGGCUCCCAAGAUUGGCUCUACACAAGCGGAUACUGGGACAGAAACUACUCACAGCUGCCUGACAUUUAUUGAUUCUACAGAACUGUAAAGAUCUGUGUAAAUACUGUAUGGUUAUCUGAAACUUAAAGCUCUGAUUUUAACCUCAUUACAAAAUAUAUAUAAAUAUAUAUUAUUGUUAUUUUUUUACUUCUCCUAAAUACACUUUAUUGUAAUUGAUUGCAUUAUUUUUCUAGGUCCUGAUAAUCUCUAAUUUUUGUGUUAGUAGGAAGACAAAUGAGGACCCCCUAAAGAUAAUUUUACUUUUUUUGUGUCGUCUCAUUUCAUGAUUGUUUGUUUGUCUGUUUAAACGUAAUAAAAUAAUGUAUAGACUACAUUUAAUAUAUGCCUUUUAAAAACCAAUGCUGCAGCCGCCACUCAAUGGUGAAGGGCAGUUGAUCAAACUUUUUUAAACUUAGAUUUUUGUUCUCUUGGUGUACACCUCAAGUACUGAAGCACAAGGCCUGUACUGUUUAUCAUCUCCAGGGUGUCCUGGACUCUUUGUUUGUUCCCAUAAUGUCUGUUAUUUAUUGUUUACUGCGCUGUACGUAUUAACACCCACAGGAGUGGUAUUCUCACAUUCCUUGUUUGCAUUUCAUUCCUAAUGCAGUGUUUGGAGUUGACUUUGAUUUGUCACUUUAUUUUUCUUUCCUCAGUUUUGUGUUCAUUUUAUUUUGUUUUAUCAAGGGGCAAAAAAGUCAUGGUUAUAAACUUCACAGCUGUGGCACUGAAAUAACGGUAUUUGUGCAAUUAAUAGUCAAAGCCUACUUUGUCCUGAGCCAGGUUUCUGUUUCCCAGUGUUACACAGUAUAUUGCAGUAGGUGAUCUCAUGGAGUCUCUGCUUUUUGUGAAAGUUUCUUACAUCGUAGAAUGAAUAUCUAGGGCAUCUGAGGUGCCGAAAACAGAAGUGAAUUUCGUGAAGUUAUUCUUAAUUGAAGAUGUGUCUAAGUUCUGUUGUAUGCAGACAUAAGAAAUGUACAUGUAAAAUUUAUAGAUAUAGAAGGGACAAAGCUCUCCCUAAAUUGUGAAGUUUUAACCAUUGUCUUGAAGUUUAUGUAUCAGAAAUACCACAAUUUCAGGAUUUAAUCUGCUGCUAAAUAAAGACUAAAGCUAUGUAAGAAUUCA